UCGUCUUUAGUCAUAUAUUUAAAAAAAUUCAGACUUUUUUAUUUUUAGGGAUUUCCAGGAUCUGACGCCUCCAUGAACUGGGACUCCAAGCUGGACGCCCUCCUGACCGCCGCAGACGACAGCAUGGCAAAGGUCAAGGAGCGGCUGUACACCCGAGGAGACGUCACCAAAGAUUCUCUCUAUGAUUCUCCGACUGUCAGAAGAGGAGCCGCGUACGGUGACUUGUCGACCAUUAAACCCGCGUCCCUGUACACGCCGGCAGCUUGCGCCGCGCAGGUCUCCUCUGAGGACAUGGUGAAUCUGAGCAGCCAACUGCUGGCACAGGCCAAGAUGAUCACUUCCUUACAUCAGGCUAUCGGACGUCUGGAGCGAGACCGUGACCUUCAUAUCCAGCGCAUACAGAGCCUGGAAGAUGAGGUGCGGCGACAUGGAGCCUCGCGGGGGCCGGAUACAUCGGAGUCAUUGCUGGAGAGGAAGAUGGAAGGACUGAGGCAAGAGCUGUCCAGCGAACUGCGCCACCUGGAGGACAGAGUGAGGGAUUCCACCACCCGUGUGUCCAGCCCCUCACUGCGCUCCGCCGCCAGCGUCUUACAGGAAGUGAACGAAACUAAGAAGCUGAUUUGGAAGGAGUAUGAAAGCCUCCGGAGGGACACAGACUACAUGCACCAGAGGUUACGACGACAAGAAGACGACGUAAUGCGCCAAAUCUCUGACGGGCAGGAGCUGAGGCGGGCACAGGAGAAGAACGCUGCGGCGCUGGAGAGAAUACUGAGCGGCCAUCAGACGCAGACACAGGAGCUGGAACGGGCGCGGGCCGACACCCAGGGGGUGCAGAGGGAUCUACUGCUGAUCAGAUCAUCAAUACGAGACCUGAUGGAAAAUGUGAGAAUUCUGGAGGGGAAAGUGCAUACCAAUAGAGCGCCGAGCAACCGGCCGGAGCGCCGGCGGUCUGGGCGGAGGCGGGAGCUCAGUCGGUCGGAGUCGUCAUCUGAGGAUGAUUUGCGCUCGCGGAUCAGUUUGGCGGACAUCAGCUCGGAGGAGACGUCUUACAGCUUUAGCGCGGCGGCAGAGAUCUCUCGAGGGUCCAGAGAAAAAUCCAGCACGAGCCGAGACGGGAAGAGCCGGAGCGACCGCGACCUGGACGAUCAGGACCUGAGCGACCUCACAGACAGCGCCCCCGAGCUUAACUUUAGUGACCUCUGAACUGUGGGCGGAGUCGCAUGAUGAUAUAUCCGGGGUGGGGGGGUGGGGGUGGG